AUGGAAAUUGAAUCGAUGAAGAGACCUUCCAAUGUUCCCGGCGGUCCACGGAUCGAAGAGAACUAUCCGUACGUGUUCGAUGCAAGGACCAGACACGGACACACGAUGUUCGAUAUCAAUGGAAUGAAGUUCGCACUUCCGGAAGGUUCCAGAAGAGACACAUUCAAAACUCACGAGAGCGUCCUCGUGCCGCCAGCCAACCAAGGAGAUCUUGAUGAGAUCAAGCACGUGUACAUCAAGGAUAUGGACGAACUCGGGCAGAAAGGAUUCAAAGGAUUCGAGAAGCUCAAUAUUAUUCAGUCGAUUGUCUUUGAACAGGCCUACAAAACGAAGGAGAAUUUGCUGAUUUGUGCGCCGACCGGAGCAGGAAAGACGAAUAUUGCGAUGCUUACGAUUUUGAACACCAUUCAUGAGCAUACUAAUGCGCGCGGGGAAAUAAUGAAAGACGACUUCAAGAUAAUUUAUAUUGCACCGAUGAAAGCUCUGGCGACGGAGAUGACCGAAUCGUUUGGAAAGCGACUCGCUCCCCUCGGCAUCAGAGUACGCGAGUUGACUGGAGACACUCAAUUGUCGAGGAACGAGCUGGCGGACACGCAGAUGCUCGUGUUGACCCCCGAGAAAUGGGAUGUGAUCACCCGAAAGAGCUCCAGUGACAACUCCAUGAUCGCCAUCGUUCGCCUCCUCAUCAUCGACGAAGUUCAUCUGCUUCACGACGAAAGAGGUCCGGUCAUCGAGACUCUCGUGGCUAGAACACUCCGUCAGGUGGAAAUGUCCCAGUCGGGCAUCAGAAUCGUCGGAUUGUCCGCCACACUUCCCAACUUCAUCGACGCUGCCCGAUUCUUGCGAGUCAAUCCCUACAAAGGCCUUUUCUUCUUCGAUGGAAGGUUCCGUCCGGUCCCGCUCACGCAAAAGUGAGUGUUUUCCACUGCCUUUUCCUUUCUUCAAUUACUUCCUUUCAGAUUCAUUGGCACGAGGAAGACUGCCAACUACCGCGACAAGAUCCUCCUCAUGGAUCAAGUGUGCUAUGACGAAGUCGUUGAUUUCGUGAAACGAGGUCAUCAAGUGCUUGUCUUUGUUCACACUCGCAACGGAACCGGAAAACUCGGAGAGUUCUUCAUCAACCGUGCCGCUCAGCUCGGUCAUGCGGACAUGUUCCUGCCGAAAGACAGAGAAUCCUCCAAGUACGUUCAAUCGGAAAAAGCGGUCAAUAUCAGUCGGAACCGCUCUCAAAUCUCCCCACUCUUCUCGCGUGGACUGGGAAUCCAUCAUGCUGGACUGUCCCGUCCAGAUAGGAUGCUGAUGGAGAAGUGCUUCGCGCAGGGACACAUUUCCGUUCUCUUCUGUACUGCAACUCUGGCCUGGGGAGUCAAUCUCCCUGCUCAUGCUGUUGUCAUCAGGGGAACCGAUGUGUUCGACGCCGAGAAGGGAGUGUUCGCUGACCUCGGAGUGCUCGACGUCCAGCAAAUCUUCGGACGUGCUGGAAGACCGCAAUUUGAGAACGAGGGUCACGGAAUCAUCAUCACUACGAAAGACAAAAUCGACAAAUAUCUGACGAUGCUUGUGCAUCAAAGCCCAAUCGAAAGCCAGUUCUUUGCACGUCUUCAUGAUAAUCUGAAUGCGGAAGUGGCCCUCGGAACUGUGUCAACCGUGGAUGAAGGAGUCGAGUGGCUCACGUACACCUACAUGUAUACGAGAGCACUCAAGAAUCCGAUGGCUUACGGAAUCGCGUAUAAUGCGAUAGAAAGAGAUCCCAAUCUGAGAGAUCAUUUCGGAGAAGUUAUCAGAAAGACAGCGAUGCAAUUGGACCAGAACAAAAUGAUUCGUUUUGACUUGGCGACAGAAUACUUGACUUCCACGGAUCUCGGCCGGAUCGCCUCCAAUUUCUACGUAAAAUACGAAACGAUUCAGUUGUUGAAUGAAGCCGAGAAGGACGUUGGAUUGCCCGUCACUUUCAACAGUUCAAUGCCAGAUGACAUGGUUCUCGGACUCAUCUCAAUGUCCACCGAAUUCUCGAACCUCAAGUGUCGAGAGGAGGAAAUGACUGAUCUCGGCGAGUUGCAAUCGUUCGGAUGCAUGUUCCAUGUGCGCGGAGGUGGCCUGGCAAGUGUCGCCGGUAAAGUCAAUGUGCUCCUCCAGUCGCUCAUUUCCCGUUCUUCCACCAGAAGUUCCACUUUGAUGUCCGAGCAGCUCUACGUGCAGCAAAACGCCGGCCGUCUCUGCAGAGCAAUGUUCGAGAUGGUGCUCCGAAAUGGAUGGGCGGAAACUGCGAAUGCCUUCCUGAAAAUGGCCAAAUGUAUUGAAAAACAAAUGUGGCCGAAUCAGUGCUCCCUUCGUCAGUUUGUUCAAAACUUCGACAUUCCUAUCACGUGGAUCGAGAAGAUCGAAAGACGGAAGAACACGGAAACACAGCUUCUUGAGUUGACUCCGAAAGACCUCGGGCACAUGUUCAGUGUGAAUGGAGACAAAUUGUACACGUAUCUGAGGUACCUUCCCCGAAUGGAAGUGGAAGCCAAGUUCAAACCAAUCACCUACACCAUUGUCCAAUGCGAAGUCACCCUGACUCCCGCCUUCAUCUGGCACGAUGCCAUUCACGGCAAAUCCGGGCUCCAGUCGUUCUUUCUGGUACUCGAGAAUAACAGUGAAAACAUGAUCAUUCAUCAAGAGCGUUUCGGAGUUGGAAAGAUGAAAGUGAUGAAGUCAGAGGCUCAAGUUAUUGUCUUCACAAUUCCGAUCCUCGAUUGCCAGCUUACGAACAACUUCCAUCUACGACUGGCGAGCGAAUACUUUGUCACCGAAGACGUCGUUGUUCCUCUGAGUCUCCACAAUUGCAUCCUGCCGAAAUCAUAUAAAGCGCACACGGAUCUUCUGGAUUUGGAGCCACUUCCUGUGAAAACAUUGAAAAACGCUCAAUUCGAAGCCAUUUAUCCGUUCGAUUAUUUUAAUCCGAUUCAAGCUCAAGUGUUCUUCAGUUUGUACAAAACCGACAAGAGUGCGCUGAUCGGAGCGCCAACCGGAUCCGGAAAAACUCUCUGUGCUGAGCUUGGCAUGUUCCGUUUACUGCAAGAUCAUCCUGGAAAGAAGAUUGUCUACAUUGCGCCGUUGAAGUCGUUGGUACGAGAAAGAGUGGAUGAUUGGAAGAAGAAGUUCGAGAAUGGAAUGGGAUAUCAAGUAGUCGAAGUGUCUGGAGACGUCACUCCGGACCCGGAAGAGCUUGCCGCUUCAUCGAUUCUUAUUACGACACCCGAGAAGUGGGACGGAAUCUCCAGAAGUUGGGCGACAAGAGAAUACGUCAGAAGAGUCGGACUCAUCGUCCUCGAUGAGGUUCACUUGCUCGGAGUUGAUCGAGGAGCAGUGCUGGAGGCCAUCGUCAGCCGUCUCAAGAUGAUUACCAGAAGAAGUAACACGAGGGAAGAGCCGGUCCGAUUGCUCGGACUCUCAACGGCACUUGCAAACGCUGGAGACGUGGCCGAGUGGCUUGGAAUUCCCGACGAGGCCUGCUACAACUUCAGACCGUCCGUUCGGCCGGUGCCCAUUUCGGUGCAUAUUCAAGGAUUCCCUGGCCAGCACUACUGUCCUCGGAUGGCACUGAUGAACAAGCCCGCUUACAAGGCCAUACUCACGUAUUCGCCUCGCAAACCCGUCCUCGUUUUCGUCUCCUCUCGCCGCCAAACCCGUCUCACAGCUCUCGCAUUCGUCAAUCUGCUCAUCGCUGAUCACAGUCCGAAACAAUGGCUGAACAUCGACAUGCUGGAGCUGGAAGUGCUCAUGGCCUCUAUCAAGGAUGAGAAUCUGAAACUGACUCUCCCGUUCGGAAUCGGAAUGCAUCACGCUGGAUUGUCUGCUCACGAGAGAGCUAUCGUCGAGCAGUUGUUCAUCGAAAAAAAGAUUCAAAUUCUGAUCGCGACUGCCACGUUGGCAUGGGGAAUCAACUGUCCCGCCCAUCUCGUCAUCGUCAAGGGAACCGAGUAUUUCGACGGAAAGAAAGGAAAAUAUGUGGACUUCCCAGUUACAGGUGA